GACAUACUGCUAUGGCGGUCAGACGGGACGACCACUAACACGUGAUGGUGUGGUUGAUUUUCUCGUUUAGUUUGUUCUAAGAAUCUUAAAUAUCGUCCCAUGUCCCUAAUGAACAGAGCAGAAUUUUUUGGAACCUUGAGUAAAUGGAAAUGGCCAGUAUUCGGCGCAACAGCCGCUUUCUUUGGCUCCAUGUACACGUUUGGUUUCAACAGGUCCCUAACGGUUCGUGCUGGCAGCGGAGAAGAAGAUGCGUCAAGCUCCGUUGGAUUACGAGACCUUUUGCAGAAAUGGAUCCAUAAUUUUGUACAGGGCCCUAAAGGUUCAGAGAAACCUCCAAUAAGUCCUAAAGAGGCCAGUGAAAUUUUGCGAAAGAAUGAAAAAAGCGUGAAUGUGAAUAUUGGAGUAGUAUCUCACUUUGAAACAAACAGUUUCGCUUCCAAUUCUCCGUGUGAAGAUCGGGCCAACGAAUGGCUGUUAUUGAAAACAAACGGUACAACCUUUGGUGUAUUCGAUGGGCACGGUGGCUGGCAGUGUGCAGAAAUGGUUAAAAAUCGUUUACCUCUCUAUCUUGCUGUAUCUUUCCUUGCAAAAUCUGAUUUGACCAUCUUGGAGAGAAAUCUCUCGAAAGGUUUCUCAGGGGAUGAUUUUGUUAAAAUUUUACAGGACAGGUUACCAGCAAUGGAAAGCACAUCUCAGAGCAAUUUUGGUUAUACUUUAAGUCAAAAACAAGAAGUUUUUCAAACAGGACCAAAGUACUUUAUCAAAACCUUGAUAGGGAAGCCUUUUGAAGGUCGAAUGCCUACUCAGGAAUCCCUUAGUUUGGCUUUUACACAACUAGAUGACGAUAUUUCUACUGAAGCCAUACCAGUAAAAGUUCUUGACGACUCCUUUGUUGCUGGAGCUUCAGGGGCUUGUGCGUUAGUAUCUUAUAUUGAGGGACAAAACAUCUAUGUGGCAAACACAGGUGAUUGUAGAGCUGUUCUUGGAAGUACAAAAGGGGAUGGCUCUUGGCUGGCUACUCCACUCUCUGUUGAUCAAACAGCUGAGAAUGAUGAUGAAGUAGAGAGACUUAGGUUAGAGCACCCUGGUGAAGCCUUUGUCAUAAAGAACAAGCGUCUCCUUGGACAACUACAGCCACUAAGAUCAUUUGGUGACAUUCAAUACAAGUGGGAUAAAGUAACCCAUUCCCAUGUUCUCACACAGGUGUAUGGGGGUCCUAUUGUUCCACCAAAUAUGUACAUAACUCCACCUUACCUCACAGCAAGACCUGUUGUUACACAUCACCGUUUACAACCCCAUGAUAAAUUCCUUAUCCUUGCCACAGAUGGCUUGUGGGAUGUUCUUAGCGAUGAGCAAGCUGUUGGCUUGGUUGCCAGUUUUCUUCAGCAGGAUAGGAAAGAUAAAGAGAUUGCUGUAGCUCCCACUGACAUCAAAGAUGCAGGGGAUGAAGUUCUGGAACAAAAUGCAGCUACUCAUCUCAUUCGUCAUGCCUUGGGUGGUAAUGACCAUGGCUAUGUAGCUCAGAUGUUAUUGGUUCCAGAGCAAUAUAGACGUAUGUGGAGAGAUGAUAUUACUGUUACUGUAGUGUUUUUUGAUUCAGAUGUCCUCCUAUCUAAGCUGUAGGAGACAUGGUCAGUGGUUUAUUUUUAAACAGUUCAAAGACAAGUUUACAUCUAUAUUGUUUACAAUAAACGAAUUUAAGCAACAAAAGUGGGAACUACAGUUACUUAUUAGUAGGAGCUAUACUUUAAGUUCUAUGAUAAACAAUUGCAGUGCACCUAAUUCUUGAUUUUAUUACCCAAAAUGUUCAACCUGAUGAAAAAAAAACCAUUGACUAGGAACAUUACAGUUACUGAUAUAAGCUCAUGGGGAAAAUUUGUCAUUCCCCUUUUUACUAGAGUGAUGGAGCUUCUAAUGUGAACAUGAUGGCAGGGCAGAUAGUUAGCAUACUUGCAUAUUUUUGACAGCCAGUGCUACUUCCUUAAUUUUUUAUUUUACAUUGUAGUGUUUUAAUUUUAUCACCAAAUUCCAGCUUUACCACUUACUAGGAACUUGAUUACCCAACACAAUUAUGAGAAGGGGUUAAAAUAUUCAACUAAUAAAUCAGUUUCUCUGAAAUUGAUUGUUGCACUAUUUUCAGUUGUUAGAAAGCUAAGUUUGAUUCAUUUGCAAUUCUGUGUAACUUUUAAUGCAAGGUAAAUAAAAUGAUGGUACCAGGA